AUGGGUAUCGAUCUCGACAGACACCAUGUGCGCAGCACUCACCGCAAGGCUCCCAAGAGCGACAACGUCUACCUGAAGCUCCUCGUGAAGCUGUACCGCUUCCUGGCCCGCCGUACCGACUCCAGCUUCAACAAGGUUGUCCUGCGCCGCCUCUUCAUGUCCCGCAUCAACCGCCCCCCUCUGUCCCUGUCUCGCAUUGCCACUCAGGUCAAGGAGGACGACAAGCGCACCGUCGUUGUUGUCGGCACCGUCACCGAUGACAACCGCCUGCUCACCGUCCCCAAGGUCAGCGUUGCCGCUCUGCGCUUCACUGCCACCGCCCGUGCUCGCAUUCUCGCUGCCGGCGGCCAGGCCUUGACUCUCGACCAGCUUGCUCUUGAGAAGCCCACUGGUGCCAACACCCUGUUGCUCCGUGGCCCCAAGAACUCCCGUGAGGCCGUCAAGCACUUCGGCUUCGGUCCCCACAAGCACAAGAAGCCCUACGUCGGAUCCAAGGGCCGCAAGUUCGAGAAGGCUCGUGGUCGCAGAAGGUCUCGUGGUUUCAAGGUGUAA